CCUUCAGCUAAUAAUCCACUUUAUAUUUUUGUUCAUCCUUCUUCUCUUUAUAUAUAUAUAUAUAUUUAUCAUCACACGAAUUUCGAUCAUUCAAGUCUUCCUUAAUUAGGAGAUUACUUCUUCAUUCUUAACUACUAGUUUUCAGUAACUUUGGUUUUCUCUAUUCAAAAUUUGUUUUUGUGGCCAACAGGUAGUCCACAGGAUCGCAACUAUGGUCAACCAUAUUGCAGAGUCAUCACUUCACAAUUUCUUCCACAAAAGUAAUAAAGCACCAGUUGUAGAUUGUGAAGCUGAGAGCUUUUUGAAGGAUUAUUACAUUCCAGAUUACAUACUACUACCUCUACCUGAAAGAAAUAUACAGAAUGACUAUGACGACAUAGCUUCUUGUCCUCUACUUGUAUUUAUCAACUCCAAAAGUGGUGGCCAACUAGGUGGACAGCUUCUUUUGACAUACCGUUCUCUUCUUAAUCAAAAUCAGGUGUUUGAUUUGGGAGAAAAGGCACCUGACAAGGUUCUACAUCAAUUUUACUCCAAUUUAGAAAAGCAUAAGCAAAAUGGAGAUAGCUUGUCACAUGAAAUUGAAAGGAGAUUGAGAAUCAUUGUAGCAGGUGGGGAUGGAACAGCAGGGUGGAUUCUUGGUGUUGUUUCAGAUCUUAAAUUGGUUCAUCCACCUCCAAUUGCAACUGUGCCAUUAGGAACUGGAAACAAUCUACCUUUUGCAUUUGGCUGGGGGAAAAAGAAUCCUGGUACUAAUUGCCAGUCUGUGAAGUCAUUCCUGAAUCAAGUGAAAAAUGGAAUAGAAAUGAAAGUUGACAGCUGGCAUAUUCUUAUGAAAAUGAAGGCUCCUAAAGAAGGUUCUUGUGUUCCUAUUGCACCUCUUGAGCUACCACAUUCAUUGCAUGCCUUUCAUCAUGUGUCUCGAGCUGAUACUUUGAACAAGGAACGUCAUCAUAUAUUUCGAGGAGGAUUUUGGAACUACUUCAGCAUAGGAAUGGAUGCUCAAGUUUCAUAUGCAUUUCACAGCGAGAGGAAGCUCCAUCCACAAAAGUUCAGACACCAGUUAGUUAAUCAGAGAACUUAUGGAAAGCUUGUAUGUAAACAAGGAUGGUUUUGCACUUCUUUCGUGCAUCCAUCUUCAAGAAACAUUGCACAGCUAGCAAAUGUCAAAAUAAUGAAAAGCCCAGGAGAAUGGAUAGACCUUCACAUACCUAAAAGCAUUAGGUCUAUCGUCUGCCUUAAUUUGCCCAGCUUUUCUGGAGGACUUAAUCCUUGGGGAAAACCUAACAAGAAGAAGCUGCAUGAAAGGGACCUUACUCCUCCAUAUGUUGAUGAUGGUCUGCUUGAGGUUGUUGGUUUCCGAGAUGCUUGGCAUGGACUUAUUCUGUUUACUCCAGGAGGGCACGGAACACGCCUUGCACAGGCGAACAGAAUCCGAUUUGAGUUUCACAAGGGUGCUGCUGAGCAUACAUUUAUGAGGAUGGAUGGGGAACCAUGGAAGCAACGCCUUCCCACGGAUGAUGACAGGGACGUGGUCAUAGAAAUAUCCCAUUUUGGUCAAGUGAACAUGCUCGCCAGUCCACAUUGCCGAUCCAGAAGUAUCAAUGCGCCUACCUCAAAUCACCUUCACGAGGAAGAGAAAGACAACAAUCAUGAAAAAGAUUUUGAAGAUGACUCAGAAGAGAGGAGAAAGUUGGGUGCAGCUGACACUUUCCGCAUAGCAGAUGGUUUUGACAUUACACAUGUUUAGUUAGGCGUUUUGAAGGUCUUGGUGGGUAAAGUUCCGCUGAUAGGAGGUAGGAUGUACCAGAUAAAAUAGUCGAGGUAUGCACGCGCUCGUCAGGACACCACCAUAUAAAAAACAGUUUAGCCCUUCGGUAGCAGCUACAUCAUUUGAUCAUGACACCAAUUAUAAAAUUGAUAUUAGUAUUAGUUGUUUGCA